AUGCUGCUGCAGCAGAGAGGAGAGGGGCUGCAGAGGGGGCUUCAGAAUGAACAAUAACAGACAAAACAGGGAGAACAUGGAAUGUUGUGGUGGAAUGCAGAAUGUUGUGGUGGAAUGCAGAAUGUUGGAUUGUCUGGAACGGACAUCAUUAAUGACCUGAAGACAAGUAUGGAGUGAGCCGAGGCAGUGUUGGACUGUGACAGUGUUUCCCUGGGUAUCUAGUUGUGCGACUGUCACUGUAACAGUGAGUCCCAGACGGAGGGGAGAUGUACGCCUUCUACUCCCUGCUAGUUUACAUCUUCUACACUGUCUUCAAGAAGGAGGAGGAAGAAGCCCUGGAAGCUGCUCAGGGCGGAGCCUCAGCGGGGCCAGGACGUGUUUCCAUGGAAACAAGGAGCAGGAGGAAGAAAGGCCACACACUCAGGAAGGAGAGGAAGAAAAGGGGGCGUGGCAGCAGGUUGAGUGACUCCAGCAGUAGCAGUGAUAGUGACGGCCUGUCCCUGAGUGAUGAAGAUGAUGAUGGUGGUGGAGGUGGUGAAGUGCCCGAUAUCCCAGCAUGCACUCCUCUGGGUGCCUUCCUGUCCUUUAAACAGGAGAACGAGAAAAGGAGGGAGGUCCAGGUGCAGCUGGAGACAGCAGGAAAGUUGAUGUCUGAGUCUCCCUUGGUGGCGGUGAUGUCCCACUUGCUGAGUUUUCUGGAGCAGUAUUCCCACCUCCAGCAGCUGCAGCAGCAGGCUGAUCAGUACCGGGUCCAGCUGAAGAGGCACCGGGCCCAGCAUCGCCGCCAGAUGAAGACCCUGAGGACAUCGUACCAUCAGAGGCUGAGAGAUAAGAACAGCGUCAUCGACAGCCUGGAGGAGGCCAUCAUCACCCAGCAAUACACACCGAGCACCCCGGGGAGCGACGGUGAGUGUGGUGCUGAUGUCCCUGGGGCCGGGCCUGGGGCUGGGGCAGGACUCCACAGGCUGGUAGAGUCUCUGUAUGGACUACAGGGAGAGAAGAGCCAGCUGAGGGGAGAACUACGGCUGCUGCACUCCCAACUGGAGCAGAGAGAACAGGACCGACACUCACGAGUACAGGUCUUCCAACAUCAGAUUGACGAAUUGAAGAGCUGCAUCGAGGAGCGGGAGGAGGAGCUGUCCAGACUAAGAACUGACUCUGGAGCCACAGACUCAGAGAAGCGGGUUGUGUGUCUGUCAGCGGAGAACGAGAGUCUGAAACAGAGUCUGACUGUCACCCAGGGCCUCCUGCAGCAGCUCUCUGUCAUCCCCUCCCAGUCCAGCUCUGUACUCAUCAAGGAGAAUGAGAACCUGCGCAGCCGGGUGCAGCAGCUGGAGAGUUCCCUGCAGCAGAGGGCUGAUCAGCUGUCUCACCUGGAGCGACAGAGCGAACAAAGCGAGUGGAGGAGAGGAGAGGAGCAGAGGAGAAGAGAGGAGAGAGUGAGCGAGCUGCAGCUAGAGCUGGAUAAAGAGAGGGCCAAAGAGCCACAGGUCAAGAUUGUCACUCAAACUGUGGAGGUGGAGUCACCGGCGACGCUGAGGCAGUUGGCUGAGGCCAGAGAGAGGAACGAGCAGCUGUCAGAGAAACUGACCAAUCAGAACGAGAAGUGCAGACAACUGGAGGAGCACAUUAGGAAGUCAGAUGAAUUCAGUUGUAACCUGCAACACAAGAUUGCAGCGUACGAGCGGGAGAUCAGUGUACUGCAGGAGGAACUGCUGAAGGAGAUAGGUCACCUGGAGGAGAAGAAGGAGGAGGCUGUAAAGGCUGCAGCGACCUGCUCCGUAGAACACUUCCAGAGCCUGCAGGACCAGUUCUUUAGUGAGUCCCAUCUAAUACAAACUUCAGAAGCUUCUACAGGCUGUGCAGAUAUGUUAUGAUGGACUUGUUGAAUCUGGGAGUGCUGUUGAUUCAUAGGAUGUUGUGCUUCAUGCUCAUCACAUCACCAUUGAGCA